AUGUGGUCUUCCCGGCUGGGGCUGUGGCCAUUCUGGCCGCUGUGGCCGCUCGCGAUGGCCGCUGAAUACGGUCCGCCAGGGGAUCCGACCUGCUGGCUGGGCAACAUCAACUUUGAGACAUGCUGCCUCCCUCCGCCGAGAGGGAACGAAAAUUGCUGGGAAGGUGGCUUCACCUACGAGCGCUGUUGCCGAAGAAAUCCACACGAGCCGGUGGACAUCAACAAAGUGGCAGAGAUCUCCGAGCUUGGUGGCUGUGAGUUAAACAUCUUCCAGGAGUUCAAGGAGCGUGCAGGUGCGUGGUACCGCGCUUACGUGCCAAACUUGGUUCUCUUCCAAGAGUUUGGCUACAUCUCUCGCCGGUUUGAUUCUAUGUACAGGAGCUGUGCACCUGCCGCCCUCACUGCCCUGCUACUGAAGCUGGAGUCCAUCUAUUUCGAGGAGGAGUCCAUCUGGACGCCGCUUUACGCACAUUAUGCAGAGCAGCACCACCAGGCUGUGGCCAAUGGUGACUUGCUGCAAAGCCACCACAUCAACGGGUGGCCACUGGUGGAGGCCCUCAAACGAGUCAAUGCUCUCCGAGCCAGCCGAGAACCACGGCUAGAGGCACCGGUGACGCCAGUGCUGGACAUCGUGCUGUGCUAUUGCGGGAGGGGCGAGCGCAUCGACUGGCUCCGGGGUUUCCACAAACUCCCGUGGCGGAACGAGAACCGCUCGGCGUCCACGACGGCUCGAGUCGCGCUCAGGUUCUACCAUAAGUGCGGGGCGAUGGGCGACGAGCAGCGCCAGGAAGAGACCUCAAAGCUCAAGGACGAGUGGUCCGACUAUUUCCACACUGUGGAGGUCCGCUACGUGGACGACCAGGUGCGAGCCGACGACUGCUCCGCAUACCUGGCCUACGUCGUUGACCGAUACGACGAUCUGCCGGAAUUCGCGGUCUUCCUGCAUGCAGAUGCUCCCGAGCACAUCCCGAGCGUGGAUUUGCUGAUGGACGCCGUCUUUGCCGCUUCCAGGGGCUUCCUCCCAGAAGAGGCAGGCUUCAUCCACCUGGCCCAUAACUACGUGCGGCACGACUGCCCAGGGAACAGGACGGAGUGCAAGGAUCCGGAUGCUCCGGAAGUGGCGCGGCUUUGGAGGAAGGUUUUCCACUCGUCCAUCGCGCCGACCCGGCUGGAGGGCCACAUGAACGGCUACUGUUGCGUGCAGUUUCUGGUCCGUCGUGAACGCAUCCAGCUACGGACGAAGCAGUUCUAUGUCGAUGCCUUGAACUUCUUUGGAGAGACUGCCGAGUCCUACUACGAGCUCUUCCCUGUCGGCAAGGUGAUUUGGACGCCUGACACACGAGGUCGAACCCCCUGCCAGCUGGCCAUGUACUUCUGGCACGUUAUUUUCGGUGAAGAUCUCUGGCUUCCUCGGCGCCAUCGUGACUCGCGCCUGCCCUUGUUCAUCCGCAUGUUGAACAUCGAGGCGGAGGCGGCGCUCGAGGCCCAGAGAGGUGAAGAUGGCGCGGGCGGUCGCGUCAUUCAAUUCACAGGCGAUAACACCGGUGCCGAGGACACGUACUAUCGCUUGCAGAGUCUCUUCACGGCGCAAAAGCCGGCGAGCCUGCGGCAGACGGCGGAGCGGCUUUGCGAGCAGGCGCUCCAAGCGGCGAAGAAAGCCCUGGUGGAUGAUGUCAAGCCUUGGGAGAAACAGAAGGCGCGGUUCACUUUGGUCGAGAACCAGCCCAGCGUCAUGAAGCUGCAGACAGGAAAGAGGGCGAGCAUGAAGCCUUCGGUGCGUGCUUUGACGGCCGUUACUCCUCCGCGCAGCGAGUCGCUCGAGCGAGACCGAGACCGGUCAGCACCUGCCUCCCCAGCCAGACAAAGGACUGCACCCAAGAAGAUCAACGAGCUGGAUAUGCAGGCCGGAAAGUCGUAA